UCCGCUCAGUCGGACGGGACCCUCCCUGGCUCUGCAAUCUCUGAGUAAAUAAUCGCAUCGCCGCAGCUUCUGCCGUGCGACUUACUCAGUCGAUAAGAUACUCUACGCGUAUGCACACCUAGCAUGAUAGUGUGACAAUGGCCAAGUCCAUUGACGAUCUCUCUAAGAAGAAUAGUGACGACGACGCCAUGGAUGACGACAGCGAAGCACCGAUCGGCUGCUGCCAGCGCCUCAUGGCUUGCCUCCGCAUCAACCCGAACCUAAUCAUGUUAAAAGUGACUUUAUUCGUGAUGUACGGAGCCACGGCUUCUUUGCUCCCUUACCUGACGAUUCAUAUGCAAAGUAUAGGACUUACUGUGCCUGAAAUAUCGUUUGUGUAUUUGGCCUUGCCGUUUACAACCUUCUUAAGCCCACCGAUAACUGGUUUUCUGGUGGACCGUUUUGGGGAGUAUAAACCGGUGGUCAUCACAGCUUUAGUUCUAAACGCAGCGUUUCACCACUCAUUGCUCCUGAUUCCGCACCAAGAAACUCCUGGGAUGAUGCCUUCGGCGUACGUCAUGAGGGAUCCGUACAAAAAUAGCGUGGAGAUCUGGUGGAGUCCGUGCCCCAGCAGAGAAUGCCCCGAUGAAGACGAGCAGGUGGACUUUGUCCUCGACCGGUGCAUCGACCACUGCUUACUGUCCGCGCCGACGGCGAGCCCUGUCGAUCCGGCCGACGAUAAAGAUGACCUGGACUUUCAUAUCAGCCGCAAAUUCAAGUCGAACGUAAGCUUGUUCAAUAUUACUGAUGACGAGGACUAUAAUGAUGCAGCUUUCUUCCUCGUGGAAGUGCACGAAGAUCUUGGAGAUCCGAAGGAACAACUAGGCAUAGAAAUGGAGAGGGAUGAAAACGAAACAAUUACCGAUUUCAAAACAAGAUUCGGUGAAAAACUCCUCAUAGACCAAGGCGUAAACAUAACAGCAUUAGACAAGGAGGACCUAAGAUGUGGAGGUCUAGUGAUGACGCACAACAUGACCAAAUUGUCGCAACAAAGACUCGAGAAAAUAUCCCGUGACUGCAUAGUCCAAAAAUGUGACUUCAGGAAAGGCGGCCCCGAUAUUUGCCCACCAGAUUAUAAAGAAAGCGACGACAAAACGUUCUAUAUCUACUUCUUCCUGAGAUUUAUGGGAACCAUCAUGUUAUCCGCCACUGUAACCAUCAUGGAUCCGAUUGCUCUAACAAUGAUACAGAAAUACGGCGGUGACUUUGGCCGAGAAAGACUAUUCUCGAGUAUCGGCAUGGCUAUAUUCUCUCCUAUAACUGGCAUGCUUAUAGAUAUGAGGAGCAAACAAGUCGGUUACACGGACUAUUCCGCUGCAUUUUACACGUACGACGUGUUGCUCUUGAUAUCAGCUAUAACGGUAGCUGUGAUGCCACUAGGGGCGAAAUUGCCUGCAGAUAAUUUGCUACACGACCUAGUGAAUAUCAUAAAGAUGCCGCACAUUAUAAUUUUCAUAUUUUUCCUGUUUGCCUUGGGCAAUUUCUGGGGUUUUAUUGAAUCUUAUCUUUUCCUGUAUUUGAAGGAAUUGGGGGCACCAAACUUCCUGUUAGGGAUAACAGUGACAGUGGGCACGCUGAGCAGCAUCCCAUUCCUGUACGGCGCUGACGCCAUCACGGCGCGCAUGGGACACGUCAACGUGAUCAUCGUAGCCUUCUUCUCGCACGCUGCCAGGCUCGUCGGCUACUCCUUCAUAGAGAACUCUUGGUGGUGUUUCCCCUUCGAGGCCAUGGAGUCGCUUUCCGUCCACUUGAUGUGGGUGGCGGCGGCAACUUACUGCGCUAUGCUGGCCCCUAAGAACCUUUUAGCCACGCUCAUUGGAGUGCUCGGGAUGGCCCACUUCAGCCUUGGAAGAGGCAGCGGCAGCUUCGGCGGCGGGCUGCUCAUCGCUUCACUCGGGACCAGAGAAGCAUUCCGCUACAUGGGCCUGAUCGCGUUCCUGGGAGGCAUAAUAUAUGGGCUGCUGCAUUAUUUCUGGCUCAGACACAUCAACAUGACUUCACUGGGACGGCCUUGUGAACAAGACAAUGAAAGUGGCGAAGGCGACAAGCUGAACGGAGAGCCAUUGAGGAAAGAUGCUGAGACCAUGAUAUCCCUCGAGAGACUGCACAUCAUCACGCGAUUCAAUCCGCUGGGAUCACUGCAUUCCUUGCCCAGAGGAUCGAGAGCUAGGUUAUCUCAAGGCGACAUAAAUGAGCUCUACCGCAGUCGCAGCGGCAGCAACAGCCAGCGUCGCUGCAGCAACAUCGAGAUAUCACCGAAGACCCCACAAGGCUCAGCUUCGAAGGUGGACCUUCUGCGGUCAGCUCUGGAGAUCGGUCAUCAGCACGGCAAAGGACACAUUUCUAAUCCCAUGCUGUCAAAUAGACCACCGCCUCAGCUUUAUAAGCUCGCAAACAGUGCUCCAAAACUGACCCAACGCAACAACAUCUCGCAGCCCGUCCUCAGUGAAUACGACACGCGCCGUCGAGACUCCAUCCCCGAAGAGGCGGAAGAAGACAAACUGGUCAGUAAACCCACAGCUGGUCAAGCCAAGACCAGGACUGGCCACAUCCCCCCACCGCCGAGUUACGACGAAGUCAUUUAUGAACACAGAAAAAGUUGGCACUCCGAUGACAGCACGCCCACUUAGGAUUACAGUGGCACUUUGAGUCUAUGCCAAAGAGAUGAUAAAUGCCUGAUUGGCAUAGAUUCAUAGAUGAUGAUUGAUGAAUGCUA